AUGGAUUGGAAGUUGGAGUGGGAACCCAUAACAGACGGUUUCCACAUGAAGCUGAGAAGCUGGUGCGGGAAGUAUCUCAGAGGAAACAGCGGCAUGGCGUCGUGGAGAAACUCCGUUACUCAUAAUUGGAUCCUCUGCGAUUUGGAACCCGUGCACGAGUUUCCUGUGAAAAUUGUUUCUUUCACGGAGAGCAAGUUUUCGUCGUUGGAUUCGGAGGAUGAGCUUCCGAGUUCGGAAGGAGAGUCGUUGAGGAGUCAGAACUCGCAGCGAGAUGCAGAUCGAUGUAAUUUCUUUUCAUGGAUUGAUGAAGACAUUGACGUUGGUUCAACUUAA